AAAAGUAAAAAAUUCCUUAGCUACAUUAAGAAACACGUUUGACCAAAUAUUAAAUCUAGCUGAAAGUCUUAGACCCUUGGGUACUAGUUGUUACAUUGAUAUAAAACAUAAUUACGUCGUUUUACAAUCAUUGUUAUUAAAUAAUAAACUAAAUAGAAAGUUUUUUAAUGCCGUCAGAAAAAUUAGACAAUAUAACGAAAUUAUACAGUUUAAUAAAUUUGGUGAUAUUCCAUCUUCUGAUAUUGAUGAAUUAGAUGGUAUGGAUACAGAUAAUCUAGAGAUUCAAAUCCUGAGUGGAGAUGGAUUAUACAAUAAAAACGACCGUAAGACAUGUUCAUUGGGCUUUUGGGCAAAAUCAAAUGACUUAAAAUUCGAUUACAUUGUAACAGCAGGACAUUGCUCUCGGAAUAUUACCCAUCAUAGAACCUUUUUUUACUAUCGUCCAUGGGAUACAAAGAUCCAUAGCACUUAUAUUGGAUAUAUGAAACUUCAAGAAUCUCAUCCGUUAGAUGUUGGCUUAAUCUUUGUAGAUAACGAUAAAAUUAUCAACCAUAUCAACACGAAAAUGAAUUCAACAUUGAUUAUAAGAAAUACUGAUUCCAAACAAAAUGAUGAAUUGAUAAUUUAUGAUGACAUAGCUGUAUCAAGUCAUGGUGCUCAUAUAUGUAAGUCUGGUCACACUACGCAUGUUACUUGUGGAUACGUAAUUGGGUUCAAUGGAUUUUUUACAAAUUUAAAAAAAGAACUCAAAUCUUCAAUAACCUUUUCAAGCGCGAUAUCUGGUCACGGUGACAGUGGAGGGAUUGUAUUUUCUUAUAAACGAGAUUUAAAAUAUGUGAGCUUAAAUGGCAUACACGUUACGGGUAGUCCUCAAGGAUAUUUACCGGUAGAAAUAAUUGUUAGAUCGUUUGAAUUAAAGCUUAUGUGGAAAUACUAG